AUGGCCGAUACAUCACAAGUCAUCAGCGUUACGUGUCACGAAUUUACGAGUACCCAUGCAUCACGACCCGAUCUCCAUUACACUUUUGUCGUUAAAUUUCAACUUGGUAUAUCAAAGUAUUCUAAUAUUGGAAGGCUGUCCUUAGACAAACUUGGCUCCGAGCCAAGCUUUCGAGGGCCGACGAGAUAUGUAUCCAGCGAAAAGAAAAUGUACCGCCUUGUACUUCCUUUGGUGAGCGAGUUCAUUGCAAUUUGGCAUUUGGACACUAUUGAUUGUGAAUUUUAA